AAAUGAUCGGUAGCUCCCUAGCCUAGUUAAUCCUAAGAAAAUGAAAAAAAUAUCAAUUUUACAAAUACUAAUACUUUGUAGAUUACUUUGACUUCAUAUCAAUGCUUUAAGCGAGGCACCAACACAAAAAUUGAUUGUUUGAAACUAGUUCAGCCCUCCUUGAUAAAGCUUCUAGGCAUUAAUCCUGGCUGGCUGGCCAUGACUGCUGCCAUGACAUAGUAAAAUGAUCGGUAGCUCCCUAGCCUAGUUAAUCCUAAGAAAAUGAAAAAAAUAUCAAUUUUACAAAUACUAAUACUUUGUAGAUUACUUUGACUUCAUAUCAAUGCUUUAAGCGAGGCACCAACACAAAAAUUGAUUGUUUGAAACUAGUUCAGCCCUCCUUGAUAAAGCUUCUAGGCAUUAAUCUAUCCAUGUUACUACAUGGCAAUGAUUUCUUCGACACUACUUGCCGUCUUGUAUCCCGUGUUCGCACUCAUUGCUCAAGCCACCGCCCAGCAACUCUACCUAUACCAUUCAUGUUUUAACAUACAGGGUAACUACACCACUAACAGUACCUACGAGGCAAACCUCAGCCUUGUCCUCUCUUCCAUCUCCUCCGACACACAAGUUGAAAACGGUUUUUACCCUGAUUCUAAGGGCCAAGACCCUGACAAAGUUUAUGCAAUUGGUCUUUGUAGAAGAGAUAUUGAGCAAGAUGAUUGUCUUGGUUGCCUCAAGAACGCUUCGAGUUUUCUCCCACAACUCUGCCCAAAUCAGAAGGAGGCAAUAGGAUGGUACGAUUAUUGCAUGAUACGCUUCUCUGACCGCUCCAUGUUUGGCAUCAUGGAAAUUAAUCCCUCAAUGUUCAUGUGGAACACUAACAGCGUAUCAGACCAAGGUGGGUACAAAAGGGUGCUUGAGACACUGUUUGAAAGCAUGAGAAGUGAAGCUGCAUCAGGUGGUAAUUCUCUCAAGUUUGCGGCGAGAACAUCAGUCGCCCCGGACUUACGCACAUUAUAUGUGCUUGUGCAGUGCACUCCUGAUUUGUCCGAGCAAAACUGCAGUGAUUGUUUAACAGAUAUUUACGGAAAUAUUCCACCAGUUGUUGGAUCGGAAGGUGGGAGAACUUAUGCACCCAGCUGUAAUUAUAGGUUUGAGACCUACCAUUUUUUUAACGUUGCUUAUGCAACAUCACCGCCGCCACCAUUUUCGGCAUCUUCUCCUCCUCCUCCUCCUCCUCCUCCUCCUCUGCCAAUUCCUAUAACAGGAAAGGAGAGAAAGAAAACUCGAACUGCCAUCAUCAUUGUUGUUCCAUCUGUUAUUGCUAUGAUGCUUACCAUUAGCAUUUGUAUAUUUGUUGGAAUCAGGAAGUCAAAGGAUAAUUAUGAAACUGUGGAAGGAAUAAAAAGUGUGGAAUCCCUCCAAUACGACUUUAGCACUAUUAAAGCUGCAACAAACAACUUUUCUGAUGCAAAUAAACUUGGGAAAGGUGGAUUUGGGAUAGUUUACAAGGGAAAGCUUUUAAAUGGACAAGAGGUAGCUGUGAAAAGGUUAUCAAGAAACUCUCAACAAGGAGAUUUGGAGUUUAAGAAUGAGGUUCUAUUAGUGGCCAAGCUUCAACACCGAAAUUUAGUUAGACUCCUUGGAUUUUGCUUGGAAGGGAAUGAGAGACUUCUUGUGUAUGAAUUUGUGCCUAAUAGAAGCCUCGAUUACUACAUUUUUGAUCCAAUGAAGUGUGCACAUUUCAAUUGGGAAAAGCGUUAUAAAAUUAUAAAAGGCAUUGCUCGAGGACUUCUAUAUCUUCAUGAGGACUCAAGACUUCGGAUUAUUCAUCGUGAUCUCAAAGCUAGUAAUAUUCUUUUAGAUGCAGAAAUGAACCCUAAAAUUUCAGAUUUUGGCAUGGCAAGAAUGUUUGUACUAGAUCAAACUGAAGGCAAUACAACUAGAAUUGUUGGGACCUAUGGAUACAUGGCACCCGAGUAUGCAAUGCUUGGACAGUUUUCAAUAAAGUCAGAUGUCUUUAGUUUUGGUGUGCUAAUUUUGGAGGUUUUGAGUGGACAAAAAAUCAAUCAUUUCCAUGAUGGAGAAAACUCAGAGUAUCUUCUAAGCUAUGCAUGGAAAAAUUGGAGGGAGAAGACAACUUCAAAUCUUAUAGAUCCCACAUUGAGGGGUGGUCCAAUAACUGAAAUGUUGAAAUGUAUCAAAAUCGGGCUUCUAUGUGUUCAAGAAAAUGUAAGUGACAGACCAAAUAUGACUUCUAUUAUUCUCAUGCUUAACGGCAAUUUGGAUCCAAUUCCAACGCCAACACAGCCCACAAGUUUUAUGCAAAGCAAUAUUGUAUUAUUCACAUCAGUACAGAAUGACAAUAGUUCCAGCAUAACAAAUAAUGGGGCUUCAAUAACAGAGUUACGUCCAAGAUAAUAGUUCGUAAAUUGGGGCCACAAUAUUCCACUUGAAACGAUUAAUGUAAAUAAUUCAAGUACACGUCAAAUACUACAAUAUGAACUUCUUAUAUGUAUUGUUAUUCCCUAAAUUUAUAAUUACGAAUUUCUUUUCAAAUUUAA